AUGGACAAGUCUUUCACAACUCCUCCACUAUUCCAACUAACAACACCACCACCACCAACUCAAGCGGCGGCGCCACCGCCGGCGUACUCACUGGCGGCAAUACACACAGUCAGGAAGCCACCUUCAAAGCCAUGGAGACGACCGGAGCCAGCACCGGCAAGAGUUUAUCGUGUGGAGCCAAGAGGUUUCAGGCAACUUGUUCAAAGACUCACUGGAGCAACAUCAUCAGCACCACAAGCUCCGGCCAGACCUCUGAAAGAGACGGCGGCACCACCGCCUGCUUUGCCUUUGGUUCCUCGUUCACUUACACCGGAAUUCAAUGAUGUUGGUUGUUUUCAAGAGUUGAAGACUUCGGCGGUGAACGGUGGUGGUGGUCCGGUGGGGUUCUUAUCGCCGACGUUUUAUUCAGGGUGGUGUUUGUCUCCUCUUUUCAGCCCUGGAACUGUUGCUGCUCUUGAUCAUAGCAGCACCAGCAGCAGCACUCAUGUUCUUUAA